AUGACGACCCCAAGCUUCGCAAACGACCUCAAUGCCGACUCCGAGUCGGAUGCAACGAUCCUAAACGGUGUCAAGACGGAGGACGAUAACAUUGCUAAUAGGCGGGAUUCGGGCCUAUCUGCUGCCUCGUACGAGAGCGACAGGCGCCCGGCAAGUCAGCCAGGGUCCGACUUUGACGAAUCGCGGCGCGAUUCCUACAUCAGCGUCUCCGGUGACAGACAGUCACAAGGAGGCUCUGAAAAUGCUAACGGUCGGAUGUCUGCCGGCGAGAGCAGCUCGCAGCAUGAGCAAGAUGACGAUGUAUUCAGCAAUCAUAGUCCGAGGAGCUCGACAGGCUCAAAUCUCGAGCCAGACCACCCGAAGCAGUCCCUGACCGCUUCUCGACGAUUGACUGGUGGCUCCAAGAUUUCCGACAUGCAGCCAUUCGAUCCAGAUGAAGAAUUCAUACCGACUGUCAGAGAAGCCCCACGACCGCCGUUCCGAUCGCCGUCCUCGGUCAAGGCUAUGCAAAUGAACUCACCGCCACCAUCAGUCACGGGCUCCGCUCGUUCGAAUCGCAGAGCUACCCGAUCAAGCGUUUCACGUAUCGGUUCUCCCGCUGUCUCCGCGCAAUUCUCUCCGAAAAAGACACCUCCCCGAUUCAAAAGGAACACCCCACCCCUGGUGCUGCUACAUGUUACGUUGUUGCCAUUGCGGUGGCCAUGGGGUGACUUGAUGGACAACGCUCGGCCGAGCGAGCUCAGUGACGCGGGCAAGAAUCUACGAGAAGCAUGGAAGCAGCUGCAAGCCCGAGUCGGAGACACACUUUCCGAUCGAGGCAUUCUGCUUCCACAUCCUCAAAAUGAUUUCGAAAUCCUGGAGGAGCGGCUUCUCGAGGCCAUGGAGCUUCCACUCCAGCGUCGCGCCCGCAUACUCGAGUGCGGGCACUAUUUAGGACCGGCCAAUGAGAUGUCAAUGGUAGACGAUGGAAUGACUAGUGACGAAGAAGAUUUCGAAGAAAGACGCACUGAGUCAGGGAAGCGCCACUGGUGCUCGACCUGCCAAUCUGAUAUCCGGUACGAUUCUCUUGGAGAGGGCAGAGUGUUUCGGACCAAGGUGUACGCCAGCAACGGCCUUAUGAAGGCUGGAGCUUGGGAUGCUUGCUGGAAGGAAAUGGAGCGAGUCGACGUCGAGUUGGAGCCCAUUCUUGAUCCUUCAACUGUGGAUGAGCUCGAACGGCUCGCAGCUACCCAGGAGCGUGAGGCUAUCGAAGCCGAAAUCGCAGCAUCAACGCAUAUUGAACGAGCCGCAACCGAAGGUGCCUUUGACGCACCACCUGCCCACGAGGAUGAAAGACAAUUGUAUGAGGAGAGAAUGCGUGAAAUAUACGGCCAAGCUGAAAGCCACGAAAGUGUUGUGCAAGAGUCGGAGACGCAGACACCAGACGAUCAAAAAGAAUCUCCUCAGCCAUGGCCCAUCUCCGCUGUGACAGACUUGCGGAACGGCCCAUGGUCUGAGACUUUCAGAUAUGGUUUCCGCGAUGUUGUUCAACUGGUUGUGUUUAUCCUCUGUGUACUCUUACUGCAGUAUCUGGGCAUUGGGUUUGACAGAACAGGAAAGGGUGAACCCAGAGAAAGCGAUAAUUCACUACAGGUACCUGCUACGGUAUCGCAAGGAGACUUUGGUACGGUGAUAACGCCGAAAGGACCCGACUUUGCACACAAUACGGUUUCAUCGCCGAACUCUGUUCAUGAGUCUUAUGCGGCCUGCACGUCUGCUCUCGAAGCUGCAGAGGCAUCUUUAGCUCUGCCCGUGGCCGCAUCAACCGUCACAGUGACAAAGACUGUGUCUGUGGCUCUUCAAGAGACGCACGCCGCAGAGGUGAAGCCACCUGUGAAUGAGAAGUUGAUAUCAGUGGCCAAAGAUGACCAUGCCACAGAAAUACUCCCUCGGGUGGACACAUCGACCGAGAAAGUGGAUGAUCAGGAAACGGAGGUGAAUGAAACGAAAUUGAAGGGAACCGGGGAGAAGAAAGCGGAAGAGAAGAAAGUAGAGGGAAAGGAAGCGGAGGGGAAGGGGACGGAGGAGAAGGGAGAGGGAAAGGAGGCGAAGGGAAAGGAGGCGAAGGGAAAGAAGGCGGAGAAGGAGGCGGGUGAAGAUGAGGCGGAGGAGAAGGAGACGAAGGCUGAGGAAACGGAGCAUGAGGAGGCUAAGGUUGGAAACGUGAAUGAUGGAGACGCGGAGACAGGAGAUGCGGAUCUGUCGCCCAACGCUGAUGAAAAGACGGAAUUGUGA